AUGGAAAGCAAGAAACCUUUAUGCGGCAUCUUCCAGAAGGCCUCUGCCGCCGUGGUGGGCUCCCGCGGCGGCGGCACCAGCCCGCCCACCAGCGUGGUGGCGGCGUGCGCGGGCGCCGGCGCCCGCCCCCAGCCCCCGUGCAGCGCCACCACAGCGCCCCCGCCCCCGCCCCCACCACCACCACCGACCACCGCGCGCCCACCGGACGCGGCUCACUGCGCACCUGAAACGGGAGACAAGACA